AUGCCGCCCACAGAAGAUCUAGCGGUGGUCGAGGAUGAAAGGACUGAGAGCUUUUCAAGGCGGACAACCUUUUACGUCAACCAUGAGUGGGAAGCUGGCGCUAAAUCCGGGCAGGGCACCUACAUCCGAGGUCAGAUGUAUGUCGAGAGCCUCGAGCCCCUGAAAAGAACACAAAAAUGGCCCAUAAUUCUCAUUCAUGGUGAUUAUCACUCCAGUCAGAUCUGGCUCACCAAACCCAACGGAGACCCCGGCUGGGCCUCGUAUUUCGUGGGCAAGGGCUUCCACGUCUACCUCGUCGAUCUGCCAGCUACCGGAAAAUCGAACAAUCUGACUCGCGAAGCGAUAAGUAAUGCAGAGAUCAAAAGCAUCAAGGCCUCCCAGAUUGAAAGAGAAGUGACCGCAACGGAGCGUUUCAACCACAUCGACAACCUUCGUUGGCCAACUGCUCUGAAACAUGACAAAUGGCCAGGCACUGGCAUGAGAGGCGAUAGAAUUUUCGACAGAUACUGCGCCUCUUUGACAUCGCUCGUCUUUUCACCCGAAGAGCGGCAGACGCUCGCUCAAAAUGCGCUCAGGAGCCUGCUUAAGGUUACCAAGAAAGCCAUUCUCAUCGGCGAAGGCACGGGUGCAACGGCAUCAUGGCUUGCGGCCGAUGUCGAGCCCGCGUUUGUGGCGGGCGUAGUUGCUGUCGAGCCGCCAGGCCCGCCCUUUUGCGACGCGACUGUUGAACAAAAAGGCAAGCGCAAGUUUGAUUCUUACACCUCGUUCAACCCGAAUCGUCUCAAAUACGGCCUGUCCACCAUUCCUCUCACGUAUAGCCCUGCCGCUCGACCAGAGUCGCUUCCGAGCGAGGAGACGACGGGAUGGCAUCCGUUGGACCUGGCUCUAUUUGUCCACACAGACACCGGGAAGGCCAUGGUCCUUCAGUACAGCUCAGAGAAUAUGCCUGUCGGCUUCCAUUUUCUGAAACAAAUCACGCAUCAGGACGGCGAAAUGCACAUCCGAAAACUCAGCAGCUUAUCAAAGGUGCGCCAUGUCAUAUUUACUGGCGAGGCAAGUUCUCAUUCGGCCUAUGACGGUUCAACGCUGCACUUCAUGCAGCAGGCCGGUCUUACGGUUGACUGUGGCUUCUUGGAGAGAUAUAAGACGACUGGAAACGGCCACCUGAUGUUUCUGGAGACGAAUAGCGAUGAGGUUGCCGCGCACAUUAUGCGUUGGAUACAAAACAAGGCAGGCCAAGUGGACGGACCAGUCCCCGUAGCUGAAUCAGAGGCGACCAUGAUAUCUACUACCGUGCCGUCUGCUGAGAUCAUCGACGUGGAUCAGCAGUUUGGCAGAUUCCCCAAGAGAGCUAGACAAGCGGCUCCCCGACCCUCAGAGCCACUUUUAGCUUAUGGAAACGAAGGUCAUCUUAUCGACUUGACCGAUGAGCCUCAGCUUCCUCUUGAUGACCGCGUCAACAAGACUAUGCACACUGCCUCUAGAGCAGACGACGCCCCGGGGAACCGAUGCCAAAAUACAGGGACACGAGCUCUCUUCAAGGGACUCCGAGCUUUACACAUCUCCUGGUAA